GAUCAAACCCGUUCCUCACCAUCAGCCCAGCGUCAACCUGCCACUAUAAAAUGGACCCAACAUGGGUGAGGAGGAAAAGGUGAGGAGAAGGUAAGAGUGAGGAGUAGUCCAAAAAAACAAAAACCUAGGACAAAUCAAGACGGAGAAAAGAUGUCUCACGGAACCAGUGGAACCAGUGGAACCAGUGGAAGCAGAAUCUUCAUGACAGUCCUGUACUUGGUGGCGUCCUGCAGCUCCGUCCCCAUCAACGACCUGUUGGACCGAGUGUCUCAGCGCUCUGACAAAAUCCACUCCCUCAGCACCACACUCUCCCAGGAGCUGGACUCCCAGUUCCCCCUGAUGGGCCGUGUGAUCACCCCCCGUCCGUACAUGUGUCACACCUCGUCCCUGCAGACCCCCAACGACAAGGCCCAAGCUCUUCAAGUGUCUGAGUCGGACCUGCUGUCUCUGGCCCGCUCUCUGCUCCAGGCCUGGGUGGACCCCCUCCUGGUCCUGUCCUCCUCGGCCAGCUCUCUGCCACACCCAGCGCAGAACGCCAUCGCCACCAAGAUCCGGGAGCUGCAGGAACAUUCCAAGAGUCUGGGCGACGGCCUGGACAUCCUGUCAGGAAAGAUGGGUCCGGCUGCCCAGAACCUCUCCCUCCUGCCCUACAGUGGAGGCAACGACAUCGGCCAGGACAGAAUUUCCAGAAUUAUUCAUUUGAAUUUCCUGAUGUCCUGCUUCCGACGGGAUUCCCACAAGAUCGACAGCUUCCUGAAAGUCCUGCGUUGUCGGGCUACUCAGCCGCAACCUGAGAUGUGCUAAGAAGAGAGUAUGGGGGGGUG